AAAAUUCCUUUUCUUUUUCUUUUGUAUACCAACAAUAAAUAACCAGAAUACAAUAAGUGACAAAAUUCAUAAGUCACAAGACUACAUAGUAGUUUGGUCAUCCACGAGGUUUGUGCUUUGUCCUAAUGCUACUUUUUCUGAAUUAUUGGCAUAAAUAACUAUCUUUCUUUUGUCAACUCUCUCUUUCACUCUUUCUUUCGAUCUUCAAUAUAUUAUUUUCUUUAUCACACAAACACAAAAAAAAAACUCCAUGGAUAAAUCAAUUCAUAUUGCAGUGGUUCCUGGUGUUGGAUACAGCCAUUUGUUCCCACUUCUUCAAUUCUCCAAACUACUUGUUCAUCUUCAUCCAUAUUUUCAUGUCACAUGUCUCAUUCCUUCACUUGAAUCUCCUCCAUCUGAUUCCAAAACAAUCCUUCAAACUCUUCCAUCAAACAUCAACUGUACUUUUCUUCCAUCAGUACACUCCAAUGAUCUUCCACGAGGAAUCCCCUUAGAAACUCAGCUUCAACUCACACUGGCUCACUCAUUGCCAUCAAUCCAUCAGGCCUUGAAGUCCUUAUCUUUAAGGACACCCCCUGUGGCAUUACUGGUUGAUUCUUUUGCAGUUAAAGCAUUGGAUUUGGCUAAGGAGUUCAACAUGUUGUCUUAUGUUUACUUCCCUUCUGCAGCUACCACUUUGUCUUCUUACUAUCAUUUGCUCAAAUUGGAUAAGGUGACAUCAUGUGAGUAUAGAGAUCUUCCAGAGGCUAUCCAAUUACCAGGGUUUGUACCGAUUCACGGUCGCGAUCUUGUUGAUCAAGCUCAAGAUAGAUCAAGUCAAUCUUAUAAACUGUUACUCGAGCGAGUUGAGAGAAUCCGUCUUGUUGAUGGGAUUCUUAUUAAUAGCUCCCUAGAAAUUGAAAGAGGAUCUAUAGAAGCACUGACGGAAGAAGGAAGUGGUAACCCUCCUGUGUAUGCAGUUGGGCCUAUUGUCCAAAAGGGAACAAGAGAUGGUGAUGAUGAUGUUAAAGGAUUGGAGUCUCUGUCAUGGUUGGAUAAACAGAAACCAUGUUCGGUUUUGUAUGUUUCUUUUGGGAGUGGUGGCACACUUUCACAAGAACAGGUUAAUGAGUUGGCUUUUGGUUUGGAAUUGAGUAAUCAGAAGUUCUUAUGGGUGUUAAGAGCGCCGAGUAGUUCGGCGAAUUCUGCAUAUCUUUCGCAAAAUGAUGUUGAUCCUUUGCAGUUUUUACCAUCUGGGUUUUUGGAGAGAACUAAGGAAAAAGGUUUGGUUAUUCCAUCAUGGGCACCACAGAUUCAAAUUCUUAGUCACAGUUCAGUUGGAGGGUUCUUGACUCAUUGUGGUUGGAAUUCAACUCUUGAGAGUAUGGUCCAUGGUGUGCCGCUGAUCACAUGGCCUUUGUUUGCGGAGCAGAGAACGAAUGCGGUUAUGCUGAGUGAGGGCUUAAAGGUUGGACUGAGGCCAAGACAUGAUGAGAAUGGUAUUGUGGAAAGAGUACAAAUUUCUGAGUUGAUCAAGCGUCUAAUGGAAGGAGAAGAAAGCGAGAAACUGCGCAAUAAUAUGAAGGAGUUGAAAGAAGCUGCUAAUAGUGCAGUUAAAGAAGAUGGAUCUUCUACAAAGACUCUUUCUCAAUUGGCACUCAAAUGGAGAAAUUUGGUAUAGAAAAACAAGCUUUUUGACAGAAUAUGCAGUCUUAAGAUCUCAUUAUUUGACAUUAUUUUUCACUGUUUACUUUAGUUUAUCUUAUCUUCAAUAAGUGUUUUGCACCCAAUAUUGAAUGUCGCAUAAUUCUCAGUACUCUCUUGAUUAGACCCCUCUGUGGUCCCUAUUUUGUUAUAACACCAAUUAAUGUGCUCUA